GAACAGUAUAAAGGCAAAUAAUCAACUUCUCCUCAGUUCCUCCUCCACCCUCUCACUACCUGCAACUGCAAGUCUGCAACCAGGCUCCAUAUUUUUGUUCCCUAAUUUCUUCUUCUUUCUUCCUAAAAUUUAAUAAUUUAUUAAGAUGGCGAUCUCAACGACAUCCGGUGACCGUCUUGGAGAGCUGGUGAACUGUACCUUUGCUUCCAGAUAUGUGCGUAACGACCUCCCUAAGUUUCAGAUGCCGGCGACGUCGAUACCAAAGGACGCGGCGUAUCAGAUAAUAAACGAUGAGCUCAUGCUGGACGGGAAUCCGCGGCUGAACUUGGCGUCGUUCGUGACGACGUGGAUGGAGCCCGAAUGCGAUCGGCUGAUGAUGGCUUCCAUGAACAAAAACUACGUCGACAUGGAUGAGUACCCUGUCACCACUGAACUCCAGAAUCGGUGUGUGAAUAUGAUCGCAAAUCUGUUUAAUGCUCCCAUUGGAGACGGCGAAACUGCCGUUGGUGUGUCAACAGUAGGUUCUUCAGAGGCAAUAAUGUUGGCAGGUCUAGCUUUCAAAAGGAAGUGGCAACACAAGAGAAAACGAGAGGGAAAGCCUUCUGAUAAGCCCAACAUAGUCACUGGAGCUAAUGUGCAGGUUUGUUGGGAAAAAUUCGCGAGGUAUUUUGAAGUUGAGCUGAAGGAGGUGAAGCUUUCGGAGGGAUACUAUGUGAUGGACCCUACGAAAGCUGUUGAGAUGGUUGAUGAGAAUACUAUCUGUGUUGCUGCUAUUCUAGGCUCAACCCUAACAGGAGAGUUCGAAGACGUGAAGCUCCUUAAUGAUCUCCUUGCUCAAAAGAACAAGCAGACGGGAUGGGAUACUCCCAUUCAUGUCGAUGCUGCCAGCGGAGGCUUUAUUGCUCCGUUUCUGUAUCCUGAGCUCGAGUGGGAUUUCCGCUUGUCGUUAGUCAAGAGCAUCAAUGUGAGUGGCCACAAGUAUGGCCUUGUAUAUGCCGGUGUUGGAUGGGUUGUGUGGAGGAGUAAGGAGGACUUGCCGGACGAGCUUGUGUUUCACAUCAAUUACCUUGGAUCUGAUCAGCCCACUUUCACCCUCAACUUUUCUAAAGGUUCUAGCCAGAUAAUUGCUCAGUAUUAUCAGUUCAUUCGACUAGGUUUUGAGGGUUACAAAAAUGUGAUGAUAAACUGCAUGGAGAAUACAAGAUUGCUGAGAGAAGGACUAGAGAAAACAGGGCGGUUUGAAAUACUCUCCAAAGACAUAGGAGUGCCCCUUGUGGCAUUUUCUCUAAAAGACAGCAGCAAGCACACUGUGUUCGAGGUAGCCGAUAGUUUGAGGAAGUUCGGAUGGAUAGUUCCAGCCUACACGAUGCCAGCCAAUGCAGAACAUGUAGCUGUUCUUCGCGUGGUUAUUAGGGAGGAUUUCAGCAGGGGUUUGGCGGAGAGGCUCGUCUCAGACAUUGACAAAGUUAUGAGGGAAAUAGACACACUCCCGAGCCACGUGUCUAGCAAAAUCGCCCAUGUCACGGCUACUGUCGACGAAGUAGUCAGCGGCAGCAAGGGGGUUGUGAAGCCUAUUGUUCAUAAGAGUGCGACAGAGAUUGAGCAACAGGUAGUGUCGCGCUGGAAGGAGUUUGUGAAUGGGAGAAAAACAGGCGUAUGCUAGGCAAUAUUUUAAGGUGUGAUCGUGUUUGGUUUCUUCAAUAAUUGAGGACUUAUUUGAUUUGCCUGUGUAAUCGUAAGGACGGUACUGGCUUGUUCUCAACUUUUUCCCGACUCUGUAAAAUUAUGCAUGUAUAAGAGGAUCAGCUUUCCCUC